AGAUUGAGUGAUUGUAGAUAUUACUGUAUUACAAAUCAGUGAAUAUUGAUGGAGCAGAUUCGCUGAUCUGGGAUUUAAUAUGUCCGCAUCAGAUGUGAACUUCUAAAAAAAUUUGAAAUGUCUUCUAAAAUACUAGACUCUCAUAUAUUUGUUGCUCUCUAUCCCUUUGAAGCAGGAGGAAUUAAUCAGCUUACAAUAUCAAAAGGAUGUCAGCUACAUGUUAUGCAAUACAAUCAUACUGGAGAAUGGUGCGAAGGUGAAAUUAUUAGUGUCAGUGAUUCGGAAGAUCUGAAAGAAUCAAUUGGUAGUCGGGGAUGGGUACCCAGCAAUUAUAUUACCCCGGCUGCAAGUUUAGAAAAACAUUCUUGGUACCACGGUGCUGUUUCUAGAGCUGCCGCUGAAUAUCUUUUAAGUAGUGGAAUUAAUGGAAGCUUUUUGGUGCGUGAUUCAGAGAGCUGCCCUGGUCAAUUGUCUGUAUCAGUUAGGUUUGAUGGCAGAGUGUAUCAUUAUCGUAUUAAUACUGAUGCUGAUAAGAAAUAUUACAUUUCAGCUGAGCACAAAUUCAAAACUUUACCCGAAUUAGUUCAUCAUCAUUCAUAUGUACCAGAUGGUCUGGUUACUAUUUUGCAUUAUCCUGCUUCAAAGAAAACAAGACCAACUGCAUUUGGAUUUUCACCAGACUUUGAUCAUUGGGAAAUUGACAGAACUGAAAUUCUCAUGAAACAAAAACUAGGUGGAGGACAAUAUGGGGAUGUUUAUGAAGCAUUAUGGAAACGGUAUAACAAAACAAUUGCUGUAAAAACAUUGAGGGAGGACACAACAAAUACAGAAGAUUUUCUGAAAGAAGCGGCCGUCAUGAAAUAUGUCAAACAUCCUAAUUUAGUCCAAUUACUAGGUGUUUGUACACAAGAACCUCCAUUUUACAUCGUAACUGAAUUUAUGAGCAGAGGAAAUUUGUUAGAAUAUUUACGGAAAUGUGAUCGGACUUGCAUCGAUGCAAUAACGCUUUUAUAUAUGGUAACACAAGUCUCUUCUGCUAUGGAGUAUUUAGAGCAGAAAAAUUACAUUCAUAGGGAUCUUGCUGCGAGAAAUUGUUUAGUGGAAGAAAAUAAUGUUGUCAAAGUUGCUGAUUUUGGUUUAUCACGUCUAAUGUCUGGAUGUGAUGACUAUACUGCUCGUGCAGGAGCAAAAUUUCCAAUCAAAUGGACGGCACCAGAGAGCCUUGCUUUCAACAGAUUUUCCACAAAAUCUGAUGUUUGGUCUUUUGGUAUCUUGCUUUGGGAAAUCUCAACAUAUGGUAUGUCACCAUAUCCUGGGGUAGAUUUGACUCAAGUUUAUGAAAAACUAGAAGAUGGAUAUCGUAUGCAAUGCCCACCCAAUUGUCCUAUUCCUGUGUAUGAAAUUAUGCUCAAAUGCUGGGAAUGGGAUUUAAAUCUUCGACCUACAUUUGAAGAAAUUCAUAAAAAUCUCGAUAAGUUAUUCAAAGAAUCAAAUGAUGCACCCGAAUUACCAGCACAACCCGCUCCACCGAGUCUUCCAAGAAAGAAAACAUGCAAAGUGGAGAAUAGCGAUGAUGCAGUAUUAGAACUACCAGUUCCUGCUGUUCGUAAAAAACGACAUCAACAACAACUACAGCCGCCUGAAUCUUCGAUGUGUGUUGAUGACUUUGACGAACCUCUUCCUCCCCCACCUCCACCACCACCUGAUAUUAUAAAGACAAAUGAGGACUUACAACCUGGUGAACAAGACAGUGGAAGCAACCAGUCUAAUUCAUCAGCUCUGAUCCCAGAUGUUGUAUUAACCAGACCAAGUGCCGGAUCUCCAAAUCAAACUCUUUCAUCACAAGUUCAAACAAAAGAUGAUGAUGUAUUUAUAAAACCAACAAAUCCGUCUCCAAGUGCGCUAACCGGCAAUGCGAAAGUGUCAAAAAGUGUGAACCCAUCUUUUUCACCAGUCAUCCCACUCAGUCAGAAGAAGAAAAAACGCCAAGCUCCCAAACCACCAACCCGAAUCAGUUCUUUCAACAAAUCCACAAGCAAUAAACCUUCUGUUAAUGUGGCAGAUUUAAGAAGAGGCUCUAGUUCUGAAGUUUUGAGACGAACUGAUAAUUGUGUAACUGAUAUCCGAACAUCCGAAAUGGAUUAUAACAAAGAAAGCAAUAAAAGGAUGGAAGAUAUGAAAACUAAAUUAGAAAAAAGAAGAAGCCUCAGCUUAGGACAAAUGGGGACGUCAAUACCGGGUUUUGAUGCAGAAGAUAACGAGAAUGUUCCAACUGUUUCAACGCCAGGAAUUAUCAGAAAAUCUGCGAGCAUGAAAUUUGACAAGAAGCCUAAUUUAAAGCAAGGUGAUGGCUUGGAAUAUUUUGCAUCUAUGCAUCAAUCCAAAACUGAAAAUUCUCUUGCCAAUCAUAAAACGACCAACCAAUCACCGUUUGAUAUUCCGGCAUUGAAUACCAAUAAUAAUGCUGUUGAUUACUCAAAGGGUAAAGACAAAGGUAUUGGUGAGAGUCCUCAAACAUUACGAAAAAAGCAUUCAUUUUUCGAUAAGUUUCGUCCCCACUUUGGAAGCGGACGUAUGAAAAAGGGGUUCAGAGUGUCAACUGGCAAAUCAUCGACAUCGGAAAGUGAUGACACUUCACUUGAUUGCGAAAGAAUCAAAGACUCAAAGCCAAAGUCAAAACAUUCAUCAUUUGGUGGAUUUUUUACCCGAAACAGUUCUCGGAGUUCUUGGAAGAAACCUGUCGGAGUUGCAAAACCGGGGGAUUCUACAGGAAGAAAAACGUCAUCUUUGACAUCAUCAUCGAGUGCAGCAUCGGCUGGUGUCUCUCCUGGUUCGGUUGAAGACGAUAAAAACGCAGGUCAUGAAUCUAGCGUAUUUAGUGCAAGAACCGCUCGCUCCCCAUUUGGAGAAGAAUCUGGUAUGAAACUGUUGCCAAACCGAUACCAAAAACAGGUCACACCAUGUUCUAGUGUUCCUGCCACUCCAACCAGUCCCAGUCGGGAUUCAACCAAAAAUACAGAUGAAGACAGUUUACAUGGUGAGGAUUUUCGUGUAAAAAAAUUACCAGGUGCAUCAUCGAAAGCAUUUGUUUUUCCUCAAAUGCCGAUGAAAGUUGCUCAUUGUCCAGCAAGACUUCCACCUACAAAGUCUGAUGGAUCUGCUGCCAAGCGUCCGAGCAACUUGCCUACAAGGCAGAAGCGACUUCCCGUGAGCCACAAAACUCUUGAUAACUUGUUUCUGAGGGGACCAGCUAGCUCUGGUGAUUCAACACCAGAGACUCCACCACCAAACUUUAAGCCCCCUACCCCACCACAUAAAUUCAAAUCGAGAAAUUUGAACAAAGAUUUUCAACUUUCCCCGAAUCUUCCCCUCCCACCUCCUCCUUCACCACCCCCAACGGGUGACAGCGAAGGACAUGUUAAGAACUCUGAAUUACAUUCCAUGGGUUUGCAUGGAUCAAAAUUCCAUCCCGCGCCUAGGUUGCAUGUCCAAACAGUAUCCACGUAUAGAGAUGCCACACAAUUAUCACCCACCAGUAAGUCAGCAUUUACACUUGAAGAAACAAAUGUAAUUACACCUACGCCUCAGCCUAGAGUGAGUUCACAAUCAAACACUGUUGGGAUGAAUAAACUAAUUGCUGCUCAACAGUCACCAAGCAAGCAAGUGUCAAAAGUAUCUUUUCAAGAAAAUUGCAUUGCGACUGAGAAUAUUCUGAAGUCUUGGGUAGAGGAUCAGAUAGUAACUUCCGAAGCAACCCAGAAAUUGACCGAUCUCUCUGCUGAAGCUUUAUCAUUAAUAUCAUCAUUCCCAUCUAAUAAUCGAUUCGAAUUUCGAGAAAAGGCUGAAAAACUACAGUCUUUAUCAAGAAAUGGAGGUAGAUUUGAAAAUUCCAAAGAUCGCAAUCGUAAAAUGCAGUAUAGACAAACUUUUUCAAAUGAAAUUAGUUAUCUUAUACAUGAAAUGAUAUUACUUUUAUGAAAAAAGAUAGUCUUAUACUUUUAUAAACAUUUCACGUCAACAAUUUCUUAUCUUUUCUAUUAAAUCCCUAGAAUUGUAUUUACUAUAGAACCUUUUAGUAAUUGUUCCUUUGAAGUUUUUUACUUGCCUUGUUGCUUUUUUAGCCUAUUUUACCUUACUUUUCAUAUAGCAAAUUUGGCACAUUCAGUGAUACGAUAAGGAAAAUUAAAUUAAUCUUUUAGUUAUUGUCUGAUAACUAAGCCUCUUUUAUAUUUGUAUUAUGCAUAGCGUAAGUAACUAAUACUGCAGUAUUUCUUCUAUUCAUAUAAAUAUGGUCACCCUAAUUUUUCUGAGAUUUCUAUACGAAUCAAGUACUGAUGUUUUAUAUUAAAUUGUUUCCUUUUAAGUUUUUUUUUAUAUUGAUAUUUGAUCAUAUAUUGAUUAUUGAUCAUAUUAUUGAGCAAACAGAAGUUGAAUUUAUUGUACCAAUUCAUUAUCAUUUAUGGCAUAUAAAAAUUGUGGGAUAUCAUAAUUAUAUGAUUUUAGAAAUUGGCAUAUUGUCAUUUGAAAAUUUGUUGUUUUGAGAUAUUAAUUCUGUUCACACAACAAGUACUCCUGUGGUAUGUGAACUUAGAUGGUGGACACCAGAAUGUAGUAUGUGUACCAGCUUUGGAUCAGGCCAUAGUUUCAUGUAUAAAUACUACAGGUGUCAAUUGGCUAGUCCCCGAACUCGUAAUGGAACUAAAGUAAGGAAAAUUGGAAUGAAAUUGGUACUGUGGUACACAUAUUUUGUUCCGGUGUCCGCCAUCGUGGGACGCAUACUACAGAAGUACCCAAAAAUGAGUUGUGCACUCAUUGAACACCUACAAAAUUAGACCUUGUCAUUUCAUAUUGAAAAUAGUAUUUUUAUAAUGUAACGAGAUAGUAAUUUGGUCGUCUUCAGUUUGCAAUUAUACUCUCAUUUGAAAUAUAUUAGAAAAACAAAUGAUAAUGAUUUAAUAAUGUUAUUACAAGAUUCAAGCUGCUAUUUCUAAAAUAAGCAACACUUAUUAAUAUCUACUAGUGUUUUCUAAUAGAUGGCUGCUAUUAAAGUUUUGUUGUAUGCACUUGUUGUUUAAGGACUUUCACUUUAUAUCAAAUACUAUUUCACCGGAAUUCAUAUUUUUCUAAUUUGUUGAAAUAUUUCGUGAUGCAACUUAAGAAUCAAUACCCUAUGCCAAAUGUUGGUGCCAAGCAAUGUUUAUUUCCGUCAUAUAGCAAAUCUCACACCUCAAGUCAAAAGUAUAAUGUCAAGCUAAACGAUCGGAUGGAAGUUAUCAGAUAUCUGUGGUAACAUAUCUAUGCUGCAAAUCUAUAUUGUGACAAUAAAAUAUACAACUAAAUAUUAUCAUGUUUUUAUCUUCUUGCGCUCUAUAUUUUGAGUUUUGUACCUAAUACUUGCAGUAACUGAAAAUAUAUUUAAACUGCUUGUGUAUUUAUGAAAAGGAGUUAAACUCAGAUCAAUUGAGCAUAUUUUUUUUCACUUGUAAAUUCUAUUCCAUCUUUUUCGUAGUCAUCCGCAAAAUCAUAUUCUAGCUGAAUUUUUCUAUGCUGCCAUUUUAUUAUUUUUAUUAUUCUGCAUAAAAAAUAUCA